CGCGGCAGGAACCCGGCCCGCCUCCCCGCCCGCCGAGUCGCCCGAGCCCCAGAAGUGAUGAGAGCCGCGGCGGAGGCCAGGUCACGCCGAAGCCGUUGCCCUUUUAAGGGGGAGCCUUGAAACGGCGCCCGGGUUCCAUGUUUGCAUCCGCCUCGCGGGGAGGAAACUCCAUGUUGUAACAAAGUUUCCUCCGUGCCCCCUCCCUCCCCCUCCCCCUUAGAACCUGGCUCCCCUCCCCUCCGAAGCUCGCGGGGAUCCCUCCCUCCCAACCCUCCCCUCCCCCCCGCGCCCCGAUUCCGGCCCGAGCCGGGGGGGAGGCCGGGCGCCCGGGCCAGAGUCCGGCCGGAGCGGAGCGCGCCCGGCCCCAUGGACAGCUCGGCCGUCAUUACUCAGAUCAGCAAGGAGGAGGCGCGGGGCCCGCUGCGGGGCAAAGGUGACCAGAAGUCAGCCGCUUCCCAGAAGCUCCGGAAUAGGGGCUUCCUCCACUCGCUCUUCUGCUGUGUGUGCCGGGAUGAUGGGGAGGCCCUCCCUGCCCAUAGUGGAGCUCCCCUGCUUGUGGAGGAGAAUGGCACUGUCCCCAAGCAGACCCCGGUCCAGUACCUGCUUCCUGAGGCCAAGGCCCAGGACUCAGAUAAGAUCUGCGUGGUCAUCGACCUGGAUGAGACCCUGGUACACAGCUCCUUCAAGCCAGUGAACAACGCUGACUUCAUCAUCCCUGUGGAGAUUGAUGGGGUAGUCCACCAGGUCUACGUGCUGAAGCGGCCGCAUGUGGAUGAGUUUCUGCAGCGAAUGGGCGAGCUCUUUGAGUGUGUGCUCUUCACGGCCAGCCUUGCCAAGUAUGCAGAUCCAGUAGCUGACCUGCUGGACAAGUGGGGGGCCUUCCGGGCGCGGCUGUUUCGGGAAUCCUGCGUCUUCCAUCGAGGGAAUUAUGUCAAGGAUCUGAGCAGGCUGGGGCGAGACCUUCGGCGGGUGCUCAUCCUGGACAACUCCCCGGCCUCCUAUGUCUUCCAUCCUGACAAUGCUGUUCCAGUGGCCUCGUGGUUUGACAACAUGAGUGAUACAGAGCUCCAUGACCUGCUACCCUUCUUCGAGCAGCUCAGCCGAGUGGACGAUGUGUACUCAGUGCUCAGGCAGCCGAGGCCUGGGAGCUAGUGAGGUGCCAGGGGGCCAGGACCCGCCCCUGACUGAGGCCCACACCGCCUCCCAUGAAGACUGUGGGUGCCACCUGUGCUCUGUUAAGAAAACCUAUGGGGCUGUACCACAUUCAGAGCCCCAGGGGAGCCGGUGUCUCCCCCACAGACCCCACUACACUGCACCAAGGACAAUGAGCCCCUGGGCAUCCCCCCAAGUCAGUGCCUUCAAACCUCCUUUCUCCUUUUCAGGGGACUUGGAGGGCCCUGCCUGCUGCUCCUCUUUCUUUCUCAUGCUGCCAUGUUUCUCUACUGCCAAAAUCGGGCCCCUUAGCUCCAGCUGUUUUGGGGGAUGGGCAGGGUUUCUGUUGCCUCUUGCCUCGAACCCCCAGCCUGGGAACCAUGGACGCCAAGUGCCUUACAUAGAGCUCCUCUGCCCCCUUCUCCCCACCAGCCCUGGAGCUGCCUACAGCUCACUGCAGAGGAGGCUGGCCUGGGAUCAGCUGGCUCACCUCUCUUGGGACUGAUAGCACCCCCCCCACACACACACACCAGUUUCUGCAGGGAGUGGGGGAGAAAAGAGGAGUUCUGUUACCACUUAAAAAAGUAGCUGGGGUUCUCUCUUCAAAAUCCCAAAGUCCAGCUUCUCCAAGCUGAUGGCAGGGUUCCGGCCCACAUCACUUGAGCCCUGACUCCUUCUGCCUUAACUACCCCAAGGCCUUGGGGCUUGAUUCCCCCAGCUUUUGUGGCCUGGGUGUGGGGGGGUAAUAGGCAGGACCCUCUUGUGGUGCCAUAUAUAUAUAUGUAUGUAUAUGUGUAUAUAGAUUUUUAAGGGAAGGAGCGGGAAGGGUUGACAAUGAGAUGGCCCUCCCUCAACCUUCCUGGGCCCAGAAAUUGGGGGGGGAGGGAGGGAAAGGAUUUUUACAUUUUUUAAACUGCUAUUUUCUGAAAAGAACAAGCUAGGCCUAAGGGCUGCAGGCCUUGUCCUCUGUCCCUCACAGUCCCUUUAUUAUUAUCAUUAAAAAAAAGUAUAUAUUAAUUGAGCACCUUCUGUGCCUGGCAAGGAGCUAGGCCCACCAGCUAAGGGAGUUGGGGGAAUUUUUAUCCUCUUAAUUGGUUUAAUUGGUGCCUCCCUCACCAACCCCAGACUUCACCUGUGCCUUUAAGGAAUCUGCAGGAGAGGGGAACCUUCUGUGGGGCUGGGGGGAGGGGGAGGUCUUCAGGAAGCCUGGCCAAGCUGUCUCCCUCCUUGGUGCCAACCCACCCCCUGCAGCCCCCUUGCCCCCUGCUGGCUGGGGGAAGCUCCCUGGACACCCUGCCUUCCAAACUCUUGACUUCUCUGUUUCUAGAACCCCUCUGCACACAUGCUGAGUCUGGAGGUGAAGGCCUUUGGGACUCUCCCCGGGGUCUGACGGUUAAGUGCCAAAGGGAUGGGCGGGGAGAAGGGAGGGUUAUGGCGGAGCGUUGGUUGGUGGGAACCUGGUGACCUUCCCGUUUUCAAGUGCCUUCUCGGACUCGAGAGCCUCACGUGUGUUCCGAACUAAAAGAGAAAGCCGGACGCCCCCUA